AUGCCACCCUCACGCAAGCGGGCCCGUCCUUCUCAGCCCAGCCAAUUGUCUAAGACAUCAGCUUCUCUCUUGGCUCGCAAGGCUUCGCGUCGGUCUCGCAGACGCAUCUCACAAGAUCGCUCCUCUUCAACCCAGUUGCCCACAUCGGGUCCGUCACCCGAUCUCCCACGUGACCCGGAACACGGCUCAGAUAUGGACUCCCAGACCAACGCCUUUCUGCAGCAGGUCCUCACAGAUUCAACAACAACAACCCCGCAUCUCGGUCUUCCCAAGCUGGACCCAAGCCUGGUUCUUCCCUCUGGACCUCACACCUCUUCGGGUCCUCCUGACGUCAUGCUCGGUCACUUGGUGGCAAGUUUGCCCAAGCAUCCUUCCUUGAGCAACUUCUUAAACCAACCAUGGCACGGCUUCCUUCCGCCUGCCUGGCAGCGCGUCAAAGGCAUAAACCCCCCUGAUCCCGCUAGUCUCGGUGCCCUAUCGACCGCCCUCAUGGCGGCUCUCGGACUGGUGGGUCGCUUGACCUUAGCGAACGUUAUUUCUCCGACUGCCGCUCUUGCCUUCCUCGGUCGCAUGGCCGACGCCGGCUUCGGCCGUGAAGGCACUAGCAAGUGCCGCUACCUCCUAGAUUCUAUUCCGGUUGAAGCCUAUGCUGCUACAGUGGACGGGCGCAUCCCCGACCGCUCUCUCGCCAUCCCUGGCACAAGGUGUCUCCCGCUCAUCGAGAUCUUCGCCCGCUUCCCGGGAUUCCUCCCACCACCUGUGCCUCCCUCGUCCCCUUCUCGGUCCAAGGGCGCUGGUGCUGGCACAGGGAAAGGGAAAGGGAAAGGCCGUUCUCAACGCUCGUCAGACGAGCCAGAUCCGACCCCAGACCAACCUCGCUCCGCUGGUCUCACAGACUCAAAUGCGUACCGUUUCCUACACUAA